AUAAAAACACCAUCCGCCCGAAGUUCGAACCAUACAACCACCAAACACAAAUCCUCUGCCCUACAAGAUCCUGAAAUUACAGAGCAAAAAGAAGAAGAAAAUCCCCAAUUCGAACAUGGCUUCUGUAGUAUUGAGAAUUCUCUGUGCAGCGUGCUUCCUAUUCAUGGCCGAUGGCGUGUCUCUGGCCACGGGUCCAGCAGCGGCGGCGGCCCCUGCGGCGCCGAGCUCCGGGUCGCUGAACCUAACAGCCAUUCUGGAAAAGGCCGGGGAUUUAAAUACCUACAUAAGUCUGCUGAAAUCCACACAGGUGGACAGUCGGCUGCAAAAUCAGCAACAGGGGAUCACCAUUCUCGCCCCCUCCGACGCCGCUUUUGCAGCUCUGAAACCCGGCACUCUUAACGCCAUGAGCGAUCGGGACAAAAUGGCCCUUCUGCAAUACCACGCAUUGCCCAGCUAUUACACAUUCGGGCAGUUACAGACCGUGACCAACCCCGUUCGGACCGUGGCCUCGGGCAAUGGAGGCCCCUUCGGGAUGAACUUCACGGCCAUCGGCAACAACGUUAAUGUCUCCACGGGUAUUGUGAACGCAGCGAUUUCGGGCCCCGUCUAUUCACAGAAGCCCGUUGUCGUCUAUCAGGUCGACAAGGUGCUUCUUCCUCUGGAGAUUUUCGGCCCAAAGGUCCCCGCCGCUGCUCCCGCACCCGAGGCUGGCGUUCCCACCGUUUCUCCGUCAUCUGACGGGUCUGCGUCUGCAACUUCUGACUGUCGAUCUCGGUUUGUUUUCUCCAAUGGCGUUGCUCUGGCUAUGGCUGUUCUGUCUGUGCGUUUCGUGGCUUCCUUGUAACGCUGGUAUUAUUUGUUGUUGUUUUCGAGUUGCUGUGCUGUUGUGGUGUGGCCUUCCUUCCUUCCUUGCCCUGAAUAAAGGCCAUUCUUUGUAAUUGCGGAGAUGUGUGUAUUAUUAUUGCAUUCUGUACGCGCCAUGUUCAGAUUUUGUAUUCUGUAUUUCAUAUUUUAAAUUUUUGUUAUUAGAUGGGGAUUGGUGAUGGUUUUUGGAACGAUCUCUCAUUAAUGAUGUACUUAUCAAUGUUUCAAUAGAUUGGUAUUUUUCUUUUC